AUGGGCAAGAAGAGCAGCGCCAAGGGCAGCGGCCGCAAGCGCAAGGCCGGGCACCUGGGCUUCCAGGCGGGCGAGAUCGCCUUCAUCGAGGAUGAGAUGGCGGCGCUGGCGGCUGAGUACGGACUCGACGUGGACGGCGACGUGGCCGCGCACGUGCAGCAGCGGCGCCAGAGCAAGAAGACGCGGCGCCGACAGCUCAAGAGCAGCUCGCAGCCUUCAAAUAGCGAGCAGCAGUCCUCCAGCUCCCGCAUUAAGUUGCUGCAAGCCAAGCCCAAGGCCAGCGAGGCUAGUGACGACACGGAGGACGCGCACAAGUUGUUGCUCAAGCGUCUGGCCGCUGUGUUGCCCGACACGUGCGCGUUGCGCGCGUGCGGCGUGCCCGGCUGCUCGUGCGUCAAUGGCGCGCGCUCUUUAGGGCUGCCGGAGCAAGAUGAGGCAGGUUCCAACGCUCACAAGCACCUGUUGCAGCGUGCGCAGUGCAACAAGUGCCAGCAUGGGGCGCUGCAACACUCUGUUGUGUUGCGCGAGGACGCGGACGCUGCUGCGGCGCUGCCCAGCGGUGGGCAGAGAUUGCUUCAGACGCUGUUCCAGAUCAUUCGGCUGGCGCGCAUCGGCGCCAGCAUCUUCCGCAGCCGCGUGUGGACCAAGUCCGCGUUGGAGCGGUUGGAGGCCGUGCUGCUGCACCUUAAGAAGCAGUUUGCUGCAGGUGGCACCCAGAACGGUCAGAAGUCGGCGGACGAACUGAAGCAGGAGAUGCAGCUGCUUACAGAUCUGCAGGCGCAGCUCCGCAAGGCCCAGCAGGCUGUCGGAACGGCGUCGAGGGACGAACUCCCCAUUGCGCUGGCCUGCGUGACUGAUCAAAUGUACUUCCAGGUGUAUUACGCGACGCUGGUGCUGUAUGGACGCGCGUGCGGAGCCGUGCCCACACCUGAGACGUACUUGAAGGAGCUGGAGCAGUUCACGCCCGAGAGCACGAAAAUGCUGGAAGCGUUCUUGAACCGAGAGCUGUCGGGAUCCGGUGUGCCGUCACGGUUGAUUGAGACGCUGGCGCUCCCGGUUGAGUCGGGUGCCUCGCAAGACGAAGUUGCUCGUGAGAGAAUGCGUGUUGCCCAGCUUGAGAGUGAGAACCCGCUGCUAUCUAUCUACCACGCGCGACUGCGUGAGGGUGUGCGCCUCUUUUACGAGGAGGGCGUCGGCAUGGACGGCGAGAUGGAUGCGGUGCUGGCUGCGCCGAAGGGUAGCGAUGCCGUUGCGAGCAAGAAGACCAAGGGCAGCAAAAAGAAGCCGCAGAAGAAGCACUACCGCCGUGAGAGGAAUAACAGCGCUCGUCCUGGAGGUGAAGCUGAGGGAUCAACUCUCGUGGAGAUGCCGAGUUAUCCUCUACUAGCGCAGUGGCGCAACAACUGCCGUGAUUGGUGCUGUCAUAUGUACGCUUACGCCACGCCGACACAGGAAGCUCUGGAUGUGAUGGCGGAGCACGCACCUAUCGUCGAGGUUGGUGCCGGCACCGGCUACUGGAGCUCGCUGCUGCAGCGCGCUGACGUUGACGUCGUUGCUUACGAUAAGGCUCCGCCUAGCGCUGAUGGUGCGGAGGGCAACGCUUACCACGGCCACGUGCCGCCGUUCUGCUCCAUCGGUCGUGGUGGCCCCGAAGUGCUUGGCCAGGAAGAUAUGGCUGGGCGCAGCCUGUUCCUGUGCUACCCUCCUCCAGGCGACGCAAUGGCCGUGCGCAGUGUGCAGUUGUUCCAGGGCGACGUGAUCUUGCACGUCGGCGAGUGGCAGGGUGACACGGGCGACAGUCGUUUCGAGAGCGAGCUGCACCGCCGCUUUGUGCUGGAGCAGGAGAUUUCGCUGCCCAAUUGGGGCAACUCCGCCUACGGAUUGACGGUGUGGCGGCGUAAGUCGAAGGGUGCUGAGUCUGUGGCAUGGCGUGCAAUGAGCUGCUUCCAUUGCGACAAGACCCUGGCCGAUGCUGCUGCUGAGGACGAGCCGCUGCGACGCUGUGUGGUCUGCAAGACCAACGUGUACUGUUCGCCCAUCUGCGCUCAACGAGACGCGGUGGCCCAUGCGGCCGAGCACGCAAAGCGCCUGGUGUUCUCGGAAGACCCUACUUCGGACAUUGCUUACGACCGCAUUUUCAAGAAUGAGGCGUACUACCGUGAGCUGCAGGAGCCCGACCUGGACGACACCGUCGUUGCUGUCAAGAGCAACUGGAACGCGCUGGUGAAGGCCGAUUCGUCUGCCCAGGACGACGACGACAUGGACUCCAACGACGAAAGCCAAGACGAGGGAGACGAGGACGACAGUGAUGGCGACGAUUCUGAAACGGAAGCUGAGCCUGCGAAGACCUCCAAGAAGACUGCGUUCGCCUUCAACUUCGGCGCCUAG